ACAAGCGACAAAUUGGGGGGGGGACGUACCUACGGGUGCGUGUAUGUGGGCCUUUGCGUUCUAAUUGCCGACCGCCAUUUUCAGUGAUUAUGGAGGGGAAUGAGAUGGCGAUGACCCAAGAAGACCUCCAGAGUUGGAUUUCGGAGACUGUACAAAAUAUGGGCGUGAUCCCCCCUGAUGUGCUGGAGCAAUGCAAUCUUUUGCAGCCUCUUCUGGAAAAGUGGAAGAAACAAGCUGACCGACUCCUGGAACUCAGCAACUCUGUGGCAGCGUAUGAAGCCAUCGUGAAGGAGCAGUACGCUUUUCUGGGUUGGGAAGACACCGAUGAUGACGAGGAGGUCAUCGAAACCAGCGUGUCAUCGAAAUCAAGUCACCGUGACGAGGAGGAUGUCAUUGAAAUGAUGUCAUCGGAAUCGAGUCCUGAUGAGGAGGAUGUCAUCGAAAUGAGGCUGUCAUCAAAAUCAAGUCAUCAUGAUGAAGAAGAUGUCAUCAAAAUGCAGAUGCCCUCGAAAUCAAGUCAUCAUGAUAACGAUGCCAACAAAAUCAAGUCAUCAAGUGCUGGGAUCUCCCCUUCAUCGCCAUGUGAUGCUGAAGUAGACGUUUGUAGUAGUCCAUCAAGACGUUGCACUCCUAUACCCAACGGCAACUUAAAUGACCGUCACGGCCUUGUUAAAGUCUCUUUAACGAGACAGGCAAAGGUUGUCUUGACCAGACUUCCCGAAUGCGAACUUCGGGCUUCACGUCGACAAAGUCCUGAAGAUUGCAGCAGUAACGAUGAGCACUCAAGCCUUGUUGAAUCUGAGUCAGAUCACAGAAUAAACGAUUCCGAUUAUGUAGUGGAGCGCUCAUCAAACAGUGACUCUGAGUUGAAUGACAGCACAAACGAUUCAGUUUAUUCAGUGGCGCCGUCACCAAACAAAAGACGGCGUUUCAACGUUAAAUGGCCUGUGAAGAGUCGUGCGAGGCAAACAUCAGAAUCAUCGGUGGACACGAAGACAAAGGUUGCAAAAAAAUCCUCGUGGAAAACGAGCCCAAUAACGAAGGACACCGUGAGCAACACUAAGACAGUGGAUAUGCAAAAAUCCUCCUGUAACUCAAAGUCAACAGAAAGUGCUAUUGUGAGCAACACUAAGUCAGUGGGCACAGUAGAAACUGUGUGCGUAAUAUCAACAUGCUGCCAGUCACCAGAGGGAUCCUGUAAGGUGCCCACUAAAGUGCCCAAAAUUAAGAUCAAAGUCAAUCUGAAGGUCUUGGCCAAGAUGAAAUCCAUGUGUUGGCUGCCAGGGAAAGUGGUGGGAAUGAUCAAAAUGGAUGAUAGGCUCAAAUAUAAGAUCCAGUUUGACAACGACACCAAGUGCCUCAUCUCCUCACACCACAUCGCCUUUCGCGUCACAUCCAAGCUGGAGUACUUGUACGUCGGCGCUCGAGUGGUGGUCGGCCGCAGCGAAGGUGAAGUUUUCCGGCCAGGCAUUGUGGCAGAGCUUCCGAGCAGAAAGAACCAACAGAGGUUUCUGGUCUUUAUUGACGAUCAGACACCAGUGUACGUUGGACUGCCUCAUCUUCACCUGGUGUGCAUACCUUGGCUGACUGUUGGUAUGUUUAAAGUGGAGGACCCUAUGGAUGACAUAACCAACACUUCUCAUCGGGAGUUUGUGAAGGACUAUAUAAAGGUCUGGCCUUACCCUCCCCUCGCCCAGUGCAAAAAUGGACAAAGCCUAAAUGUGGAGCUUGAUGGAGUUCAGCAAAUCUGUGUGGUCCUGCUGGUCGACUGUAGCCUGAUGCAGGUCCUCUUUGUGGGAAGUCAACGUAAGGAAUGGAUCUACAGGGGCUCGUGGCGCUUGGAAUACAUGGCUAAAAUGAAGAACUUGCAAAAGGACUCUUAAUGUUUUUGGACAAUGGAAGCCACGUGCCUCUUGUGACCUUUCCGCUGUGUCCGAUCACAGCCAUCAUCGCUUUUUUGUGUUGGAUGAGGUUUUAGUCAGUCAUUUCAGAAGUACAUCAAAGGAUAAAGCAAGCUGAAAGGUAAACUAUUUUAAUAGUUAUUUCUUGUAUUGUUUUAUUAAGAAUAAAAAAGCAUUUCUUAA